CGCCGAAGUAGUUGUCGUUUUCUUGCGGCCGUUAUCUCGUUGCCGUUGGCUUAACAAAUAAAAAUAAAAAGCAGAAAGAAAUAAACAAAGUUGGUUUUGCAACGCUCGGUCGCGCGGAGCGCUGCGGUUUUUUAAAGCAAACACAAACCGCAAAAGUUAUGCCAAUUAAUCAAGUGAUCCUUAGUAGUGCCUGUGUUAAAAACCCAUUGGAAAAGUUACAAUAACAUUAAUGCAGUUAUCAAAACAAGUUUAAAUUAACAUUCACAACAAAAAGCUACAAUAUCGCCGUAGCUGCAGAGUUAAUGGCCGCAGCAGCAUCUGUAGCAGCCUAAGAAAACAGCUGUGCUCCGGGUUUGCAAGCAAAUACUGUGCUGACCCUCCUCAGGGCUCCCCCGCAACGCCAACAACGUCAAUGUAUGAGACCUCAGAGGCAUAUUGAGAGCGCGCGAGAGAGCGAGAGCAAAGCAGAAACAAAAAAAACCAAUUGUCGGAGUUUGCCGGUGGCGGUGGCCCACAGACAACAACUGCCGGUCCAUCCGCUGGUAAUGUGGCUAAUAAUACCAUCGUUGGUGGGAAAAGCACAAGCAAUAACAUGUACUCCACCCGCCAAUCUGUAAGCACCACAACCGGUGUCCUUAUGGUCGGACCAAAUUUUCGUGUUGGCAAAAAAAUUGGCUGUGGUAACUUUGGCGAGUUACGUUUAGGCAAAAAUCUUUACAACAAUGAACAUGUAGCAAUAAAAAUGGAGCCUAUGAAGUCAAAGGCUCCUCAACUACACUUAGAGUAUAGGUUUUAUAAGCUAUUAGGAUCACAUGCCGAUAACGCCCCAGAAGGCAUACCACGCAUUUAUCACCUGGGCACUUGCGGUGGGCGUUACAAUGCCAUGGUGUUAGAGUUAUUGGGAUUAUCAUUAGAAGAUCUCUUCAAUAUUUGCUCCCGUAAAUUUUCACUUAAGACUGUAUUGAUGAUAGCAAAACAACUUCUCCACCGGAUCGAAUAUGUUCAUAGUCGGCACUUAAUAUAUAGGGAUGUGAAACCAGAGAACUUUCUCAUUGGCAGAACAUCGACAAAACGUGAAAAAAUUAUACACAUUAUUGAUUUCGGUUUGGCCAAAGAAUACAUUGAUUUAGAUACAAAUAGGCAUAUACCAUAUCGAGAGCAUAAAUCCCUGACCGGUACUGCUCGCUAUAUGUCAAUCAAUACACAUAUGGGACGCGAGCAGUCAAGGCGUGACGAUCUGGAAGCCUUGGGACAUAUGUUUAUGUACUUCUUAAGAGGUUCACUGCCGUGGCAAGGCCUUAAGGCUGAUACACUCAAAGAGAGAUAUCAAAAAAUCGGUGAUACUAAACGGGCAACGCCUAUUGAGGUGCUUUGUGACGGCCAUCCCGAAGAGUUUGCGACAUAUUUGCGUUAUGUGCGGCGGUUAGAUUUUUUCGAAACUCCCGACUAUGAUUUUCUGCGAAGACUGUUUCAAGACUUAUUCGAGCGUAAGGGAUACACCGACGAGGGCGAAUUCGACUGGACAGGGAAGACAAUGACCAAGGACCAUCUGGAUCAAAUGAAGGUUCUUAAGAAUGCGGCACCUUCAUAUUUGGCAAAGAAUAAAUCUGAUAAGUCCACGCCCGUCGGAUCUCUCCAAACUGGCCAUGAAGUCAUCAUUUCACCAAAUAAAGAUCGUCAUAAUGUAACGGCUAAGGACGUCUCGUAUUUUGAUUUUGAUGAUGUUGAUAAUGAAAAUGAAGAAUAUAUAAUACUUCAGACAAAUGCCAAAGGAGGUGUUGCUGCGUGGCCGGACGUGCCCAAGCCGGGUGCGACCCUUGGCAAUCUGACACCCGCCGAUCGGCAUGGUUCAGUGCAGGUUGUGAGUUCGACAAAUGGCGAACUGAAUGCGGACGAUCCCACGGCCGGACACUCGAACACACCCAUCACACAGCAGCCUGAAGUAGAGCUUGUCGAUGAAACAAAUGGUUCCUUAUAUUCCAGAUGUUGUUGUUUCUUUAAACGAAAGAAGAAGAAAUCAACGCGCCAAAAAUGACUAGACGGUGUACAAUGUAGUCCAGAACGCGAGGCAGUUACAUUGCUGCGCGCCACUUCACAUUCAAACUCACGGGAUAGCGUAUUGAAUAAUCCAAGUCAGGAUUACAUACAACAAGCAACGUCGCAGCAUACGUUGCGUUAUCCUCCAUCCGCGUCAAUGUUGACGCCAACACCAACUACAAAUACACCGACACUUCCGUUGUAAUUUAUAUAAAUACAGAAAAUAGAAAGCAAAAACAAAUACAAAAAACUAAACAUUAAACACCGUCAAAACAAAAAAAGAAAAAAAGUAAAAAAAAAUUGCAACAAAAAAACAUAAUUUUAUUAUUAUUUUUUAUUAUUUACCAAUUUUGCGUUUAUGUUAAUUAUAUAAAUUAUUAUAAUUAUUAAUUAUAUUAUUAAUAAAAAAAAGAGAAACAAACAAAAUGCAAAUACUAUACAUACACAAUUAUUGGAGGAUAAUAAAAAACUGUCAUAAUAUUUUCAUAAUUCAAUCAGGAGCCAGGUAGCUCAGUGUUGUGCUUAAAGUUUGAUAAAUAUCCAUUUGCUCUAAUCGAUGAGAAUUCAAAACUGUUUGACAAACACAUAGACACACCCACACCCACCCACAGGCAGGCACUGACACAAAGCAGAGAAAACCACUUAAAACAUAUUUAGAUAUAUACAUACAUACAUAUAUACCGAUAUAAACUAAUUUAAAUACUAGUGCAGCGUCAUUCAAUGAAAACUACAAUGCAUUACAUGUAUUAAUAUUUAUAGACAAACAACAAAUUGUACAUUAUUAUACGCGUAUAACAACAAAAUAUUCACAUCAUUCGAUCAACUAUUGAACACACAUAAAACUAAUGAGAAUGCAUACACACGUACGUUUACACAUACUUGUUUGCUUGUGUUUUCGUCCAGUCGGUAAAUCCAUUCGCACCCUUUACACUCAUUCGCUCUCUUCAAGUUUCCUUUUCUUUUCGCGUAGUUAGCUUUUGUUUAGCUUUGCUUUUGGAUGCACUUUUUACAUGACAUCCAUACAUUGCUUGGCAGUCUUUUCUUUUUAACGAUGUUCUCUGCAUAGUCCCUCAUAUAUAGGGAACCCAAAAUAGAAAAGUGCUAAAAGCAAUCAAUUUUGUCUCGAUACAGGCUGCUGAACGAUGUAUGCGUGUUUAUUGUAUGUAUAUCAAUGAAAUACAUAUGUACACUUUAUUGUAUAUAAUUUUUUAUAACUAAAUGAAUGAACAUUAAAUGCAAUUAAUAGUUGAAUUCUUUUUGUACAAGAUUUGUGCAUUUAUUUGAUUAGUGUGUUUUUAGGUCAAUUUUAUUUACAAAAUACAUUUAUGAAAUUUAGUAACAAAAAAAUUACAUAAACUUCAGCUGGAAAUCCCUUCACAAGCAGCCUUAACAAAAAGAAAAAAAAAACCAAAAAAAAAAAGAACAAGAUUAGUCCUCCUUAUAGGGGCACUGUAUUUCCCAAUAGCAAUAGCUAAUCAAAAGUAAACAAAAGUAACUAAAUAAUAUCAUGAACUUUCUAGUUAUUGAUGCAUGGAGGAAGUAAUAAAAAGAAAUAUGAAAAACAAAGUACUGAGCUAUUUAUUUUGAUAUUACGUGAUACUAAACUUACAUACCACACUGAAAGCUGCGUACAGCUGCGCCUCCCGAACCCAUAAUACAUUUAAACAUCAAUUUCCACACAAUCUCUAAUAAUACAACAAAAUAAUAAUGAGAAAUUAAAAUCUUUUUUCAACGCAUUUGAAUGAAUUUGUUUCCCUUCCCAUAAAAAGAAAGCGUAAAAAUAACAGAAAAUUAUAUACAUAUUUUAAACAAAUUUUUUAUACUUAUUAAAAUAUACAUACUACAAGGAUUAACAAGAAUAACAAAUAGUAUGAAAUAUUGAUGUAAUGAUAGACGAAAAUUGUGUUAGCUUUACAACACAAAGAAAAUGAAACGAAACUUAACCUUAAAAGUGUUUUUGCGAUUUUCUUCAAUUAUGGGAAACUAAAAUCAAAUUUCGAGCAUUACAUGAUACAUAUGAUAAUACAAAAUAAAAAUUGCAUAUGAAAUUUACCAAAUUUCUUGUAUAGUUAAAUGAAAACCAUUUGUAUUAUAUAUGAAAUCAAAAAUUUCACAAAGAAUAUUAUGCUAUACAUCAAUAAUAAGAAACCGAUAUUUCUAUAAACAGUCAAGUAUAACAGAUUAUACAUACAUACAAAUAUAAUGUACUUUAAUGUUGAUAAACAAAAGAAAAAACAAACAAAAAUAAACUUGAAAAAGAUGAAAAAACAAAUCCAUAAAAUGAAAAGAAAGUAAAAAAUGAAAUAAAUACGCGCACGCAUUAUGGAAAUUGAUCAAAAUUAAAAGGCAUUCAGAACAGAACUUGACAUACAAAACAUACUGAUGUAUUUGAUAGAACGGAUAGAAGGAGCGAGAGCGAGUGGAACGUAAAAUCGUUUCGAAAGCAGUGCACGCAUAGCCUUUCGCUAAUUGCAGGAAAAGCAGUUAACAAUGUUAACUCUGGCAAGCAGUUUUAAACAUAUUUAACAUUUAAAUUUAUUGCAUACGCGAGCGACAAAAACAAAGCAAAAAUAUUUAAGUCAUUUACAGUUGAAAUGGUCAAGCAUCAUUUUAGUUGAUAACUGGAAACAAGUAUGUAAAAGAUAAAUAUUGUAUAAAAUGAUUUAUUAUUAAUUAUAAGUAACAGAACAUAACAAAUUAAGCAAAUGAAAGAAAACCCCGAAAACAUACAGAGAAAAGAAAAAAAAAAACAGCUAAAAAGUAAAAUAAAAUAAAAGAAAAUUAUCUACAAAUUUGUGUGCAUGUGUUUGCUUCAACAUACUCAUAUAAUUUUUCCUUAAAUUUUCAGCAUUACUCAAUUUAAUCACGGAUAUAAUCGUAUAUUUUAUGAUCUGAUUCUACUAAUGUAAUGUAAUGUAAUUGCGGGUUUAUCAAUUUAAUUUUUGUUGAAAUCAAUCAAGAAUGCAAAUCUCGUAAUGAAUCAAAGACCUAUAUUUUUACUUGUUUUCCAAAAUAGAAUUAGGAAAGCGAAACUAACUUAGGUAUUAAAAGUAAAAAACUACAGAGGAGAUGACUUUAUGAUCACCUCUAGACAUUUUCAAUAAAAGCAAAUUCCUAAAAAGUAUACCGAAUUAAUUAAACCGAGUGCUGUAUUUGGUAUAUGAAUAUAGUGUUCCAUUCAAAAAUAACCCUUAAGUGGAAAAUGUUAACUGAAGCAACUAUAUCGGCUGUUGCCGCUGAUUAAGAAUAUAUACACUUAACGAUGGGGUCGUUGUUUUAUUCUUCUGCCUUUUACAUACAUUUCCUGUAGGCGCAAAGUUAGAAUCGUCCACUUGUCAACGGAAGGCAAAAUUUCCUUAUUUUCCUCUACUCGUAUAUACUUAUUUUUCGCUUGGUAGCUAGCAAAUCUCUAGGAAUCAAUUAGACUUUAGUUAGUUAGUUAAAACAAAUUUGAACUGUGUGCAAAAAUGGCAAGAGCCGCGGAAAAAAUUAUGAGUCUAUCUCUUAUAGUCUCCGAGAUCCAGUGUUUCAUACUUCAAUAGACAGAUAGAUGGACAUAGCCAUAUCCUCUCGGCCAUUGCCCGUUACAUAAAUAUGCCUUAGGCCCAAAGUUAUAAUACCCUUCUACCCUAUGGGUAGCGGGUAUACAAAGGCUAAUUGAUGGUUGCACUAACUUAGGUUAGUGAUUGUAGUCAAAUUCAAAUAAUUAAGGUUAGCUGGGACAAAAACCUCGAGCUUUUUUCGAAGUAUGUAUAAAAAAGCUUUUGCCUUGACUAGAAAAAAACAAUAUUAACUGGCUUGGCGCUGUCGCUAAUAAAUAAUAAAACAGUUGAUCCUAACCUAUGCAAUCUUAAGGUCAGAUGCCUCAGUCUCAAUUACUCUCUCGCGCUCUCUGGUCGUGUGAUGCUAACUCAAGUGAUUCGAAAAGUGAAGGGUUGUAAACGAAGAUUUGCCGAGCUGAUGUUAAUUCUAAUGGCCGUGAGUGUGCGAGGCACCUUAUGCUUGGCAUAAGACAAGAAAUAGUGUUUGCUAGUCUACAGGUGAACGUUCGAGUAUAGAGUUGAAGAGAGGCAAAUGGUGAGCAAGAAGAGAGUUUAUGCUGCAUGUGUUUAACUUAAUUUGCUACUCACGUACUGACGUGUUGCCGACGACAAUAGCAACAACAACGACGACGAAGACGACGGCGCUGCCGAGUGGCUUCGUCGGGAGAGUAAGAUCGUGAAUGUUUCAGGCGGGUCGAGCUGACAGAGCAAAUGAAAUAACUGCAUGAUAGACUCAAAACUAACUUCCAACAGCACCAGCGAAAAAGCGUCAAAGGCAAAAGCAAAAGUCGCUGCGCAAACAGCCGCAGCAGCAGAGACAGCGGCAGCGACAGCAAUGGCAAAAGCGUUAAGAGCACCAAACAGACUUGAUUUCAGCCAACGCCAAUCAGUCUGUGCGAUCACUUCGAGCAUUUAAGACUUGUGCAGCGCAAAACAAAGAAAGAAUACAAAGUAUUAAGUAAAUGUAAAAACUUGAAAAUAAAAG